GCCGCGGAGCCGCAGAACGCCGGGAAGGAGGCGGCGGCGGUGCCUGGCGGAGGUGCGCGGUCCGGCGCUCUCUCUCAGACGACUGUGGGUAUGUGCAAGGGGCGCACCCCUGAGUCCAGAUGACACUCAUGCCGAUGGCUUCAGUGAUGGCCGUGGCUGAACCAAAAUGGGUCCCCAUCUGGGGCCGCCUCCUGUGGGUGAUGCUGCUGAGCAUGGCGCUGGGGUCCCUGCUGGCCCUGCUGCUGCCGCUGGGGGCCGUGGAGGAGCAGUGUUUGGCCUUGCUCAAAGGCUUCUCCCUGCUCAGGGGCAAGUGGGACAGGGCCCAGCAUGCCGUCAGCAGGUGUACCAGCCCGUCCACGGAGCUCAGCGUCACCGCCAAGGAUGCGGCCCUGCUGGUGGUCAAGGCCGCGUCCUCCCCAGCCGCCAGGUUGGAAGCCAAAGCAGCUCUGCACCAAGCCCUGGAAAUGAAACGCCAGGGCAAGCGGAAGAAGGCCCACAAGCUCUUCCUGCACGCCCUGAGCAUGGACCCAGACUCGGUGGAUGCGCUCACCGAGUUUGGCAUCUUCUCAGAAGAGGAGAAGGACAUCAUCCAGGCAGAUUACUUGUACACCAGAGCGUUGACCAUCUCGCCCUACCACGAGAAAGCGCUGAUCAACCGGGACCGGACGCUGCCGCUGGUGGAGGAGAUCGACCAGAGGUACUUCAGCAUCAUCGACGACAAAGUGAGGAAGGUCAUGUCCAUCCCCAAGGGCAACUCCGCGCUGCAGAGGAUCAUGGAGGAAACGUACUACCAUCACAUCUACCACACGGUUGCCAUCGAGGGCAACACCCUCACCCUCUCGGAAAUCAGGCACAUCCUGGAGACCCGCUACGCUGUGCCGGGGAAAAGCCUGGAGGAGCAGAACGAGGUCAUUGGCAUGCACGCGGCGAUGAAGUACAUCAACACGACAUUGGUUUCCCGCAUGGGGUCCGUCACCAUCAGCGACAUACUGGAGAUCCACAGGCGGGUGCUGGGUUAUGUGGAUCCCGUGGAAGCCGGCAGGUUUCGGACAACACAGGUCCUUGUGGGACACCACAUCCCUCCCCACCCUCAGGAUGUGGAAAAGCAGAUGCAGGAGUUCAUACAGUGGCUCAACUCCGAGGAUGCUAUGAAUUUGCACCCCGUGGAGUUUGCAGCCUUGGCCCAUUAUAAACUCGUUUACAUCCACCCUUUCAUUGACGGCAACGGAAGGACCUCACGCCUGCUGAUGAACCUCAUCCUAAUGCAGGCGGGCUACCCACCCAUCACCAUCCGCAAGGAGCAGAGAUCUGAGUACUACCACGUACUGGAAGUCGCCAAUGAAGGCGACGUGAGGCCAUUCAUUCGCUUCAUUGCCAAGUGUACAGAGACCACCCUGGACACCCUGCUCUUUGCCACAACAGAGUACCCAGUGGCACUGCCAGAGGCCAAACCCAAUCACUCUGGGUUCAAGGAGACGCUACCUGUGAAACCUUAACCCUCUACAUCUUCCCUUGGUGGCAGGUUUCCAAGGGGGAGAAAAAAAAAAUCAAAACUUAGCAUUUCUAGAAACCUUGUCAUCUCCAAAGCAAAAGGAAACAGAUAAGGAACUUAAACGUUCUUUACCUCCAAAUGUGGGAUUUUUUUUAGUUAAAAAAGAAAAUAACUAAGUUAUUAAGCCUUGUCUCUAAGAUAACUUAUUAUUCAGCCAAGUUAUUUAUUUUCUUCUUUUGAGCCAGUAAAUGUGUCUGCCAUCUGUGCUGGGGGCCCAUUCUGUGGUGGUCCCAGCAGGCAUUGGGGGCACCAGUGCUCCUUGCAUGACCAGACCAGUUCUGGAGCAGAAUUUGCACUAAGGUAAGGAGAGGCCAACACUGGGCGAGGUCCACAGACAGGACGAAUCCGCCAGAUCUUCCUCUGAGGCUGGCUGGAAGGCUCUGUGACUGCCUGGAGGCCAGCACUCCCGGGAAAACCUGAUCCUAAUUUUGAGAAAUGAUUGAAAGCUUGCUUUCGUCAAGGUGUUUGCUUCCCUACAAAGAUUAGUGGUGUGACUAAUUCUUUCUGUCAGGGCAAACUUCCGAGAUACAAAAUGAAAGAAAUGAGUGUUGACAUUUCUAGUUUUACCUUGCUUAUUUCAGGGAAGAGCCACAGUUUGCAAACUCUAGUGUCAGAGGCUAUUUUUCCAUAUUAAGACUAUUUUUCUAAUAGGGGAAUGGCCACCCUGGUUUUUCUGUUGAUGUUUCUCUCACUUCAUUUGCAGCAACUCAGACCAUAUGUGUUAGUCUGACAGUUCCCUGGGCUUUCACCAAACAGCUGAAUCCUGCUGCCAACCAGGUAUUGUGCAGUCGGGCGAGUCUGCCCUCACCCCCCACUCUGAGUUUAACAUCUUCUAUUGGUAGAUGUUAAAGAAAUCAGAUGCCAUGUCAACACCAAAUACGCAUCUUAAUGAAUUAGAGCACCAGUUUGCACUAAACCACAAAAAAACCCUUUGACCACAGCACUUGCUCACCUGUCCCCACCUCCCACAGCCCCUGUAUGCCCAGCAUCCCCCUGGGGGAAGCAGAACAGAUUGUCUUGGAAUGGCCUUACUUUCCUAACUUAUAAAAUGUGGGGGUUAUUUUUUUUUUACAGUUAUUAGCAUUUUAUUUGCAGUGAUUCAUAAGUCACAGCUUAGGGAACACUGUCUGGAACACUCCCCACUUUACCCCAUACUCUGUAACUUAUAAAAUGUUUUAUGUCA